CCAGUCAAUAUCAGUAAGAAUGGCAAAAUUGGUAGCAAAAUCAGAUUUUAUUCCUUUAAGUACCAAUAUAUAAACUCCAUACUUGGUUAUCUUUUCAGAAGUGAUUUGCAUUCAUUUAAAUUGGUGUGGACAGUUUUAAAGAAAGGUAGUGUUUGAAUUCAUAAUGAAAGUGGAAGUACAGUCACCAAUCAGAAACCUUCCUCACAGUAUCAAAAUCACUCACAUUUCACAUUUCUCUCUUUGCAACAGAAUCAGACGUGAGGUAUCUUUUGCUCUCCUCUCUGCCUCCAAUUGACUGUAAUACAAUAACUGAAACAACUUCAAUUGUGUGUGACACAAACAGCAGCGCUGAAACGUGUGGAGUGGAAAGGUGCUUUCUCCUCCAGAAUUUUGUAAGCGUCGAACACCGACUCUUGCUCCUUCAACUACUGCUUUUCUGAAUCCUGCCAUUGUGCCAUUUCCCUCCUUCUGCCGGAUGGAAGGACAAUAUCGUCUACACUUUUUAAUAUUGCUGCUUUCUCUUCUCGGUUCACUUUUCCCCUUGCCAUAAAUAUUUCUUCAAAAUAUUCUGAAGAGUUUUGAGGUGGGCUUUUCAACCUCACUCGGCUGUAAUACCCCUUCAAGAAAACAAAAAAAUGCUGAUAAUACUAACAGUGAAUAAAGUACUAUAGAACCUCCAUUCUAGUUUAUACGGGUUCCUUGGCGCACCUUUCACAAACCCAUUAAGUUUAGCCCGAGAGCAUUCUUCCCUCCUUGUGGUUCUUCGCUUGACGUACCUCUUCCACCUGCAAACAGUGGAGGCAUUUUUGCUGUCGACUAACCCCCUCUAGCGCCGAGCUGGCAGCUUUCGCGUCUCUGUUGCCGGGUGGGCAGAGCACCGGGCUUGGCGGAGCUCCAGUGCGCUCGCGGCUCAGGCCUUGCCCUCUACGCCCCCACUCCUUCCUGUUAGCACCGUGUGACGCUCCUGUCCCCCGCCGGAGCGUGCGAGAACCGCAUGGUCCCACCAAGCAGCCGGCGCCCCGACUUCCCACCGAACCCAGCGCUGGGAGGGAGUGAGUACCGCGAGGGGGCGGCUUUCGCGGCAAGAGCUGUCUGCUCCCAGGCACUCGGCGCCGCGGCUAUGGAUGUGGCCACGCGCCACUCAACCCGUGGGCUGCUCUGAGCUCGCGGUCCGACGUCGCCACGCUGCGGGCGCUCUGAGCCCCUGGAAUCUCAGCGCCCUACGGCUGUGACAAUGCUCGUGACCUCCAGUGAGAAGUCACGGCCGCACGGCGACGAGAAGACCUCAGUGAGCCCAGCAGCCAGACAUCAGCCCGUAUUCAGCCUGAUGUGACUCUCUUCUGGUUGUUCCCUUUCUUCGCUUUCCUAGGACUUGAAGCAGCAGAGGCGGCCGCAAAGCUGAGCCUCUCGCCCUACUGGGCAAGUUUCAGCGACCCUCGCUGAGGAGCUGUCAGGCUGGUCUGCCGCCGCCAACCUCGCCCUGGACCGGAGCGCUUGCCCACGGCACUCGCCCACUUUGGUGGCAGAAAUGUGGAGAAGUUGGGGGGUAGUCGUGUCGGGAGCUGACUAGCCCUAAAACACUGCUGCCGCGAAAUGGGGAGCGGAGUGCUUGGGGGACUAAGGGAGGCCAUAGAGAUGCCCGGAAGGUGGCUGCCAAGGCCAAAGCGCAGAGCAGACGCGGCGGAGUUAGAGGUGCCCGUUUUGCGGGCCGCUGUCUUUGCCAUCUGGGCGAGGGGUUGAGGGCGCAGCUUCGUAGCUUCCUUGGACCUCUCGCGGCCCUACAGAGCCGCCUCAGUCGCUCGGCUCUCGGCGCACCAGACGGAGGAAAGUUCCCGAGGCUCCCGCCCGCUUCACAGCUGCUGCGCUCUCCCUGCUUUUGGUUCUGCAAGUGCCCGCUUCAGUCCGGAGAGGCGCUCGGGCCAUCUGAGUUGCCUCAGCUGCCCGCCUCACCUGGUCGUCCCUCCCCCCAAUCCUCGCCUUGAGGCGCCCUCCCCGCCCCCUCGCUCCCCUCCCCCAAACUACAGCCUGAGCUCGCUCCUGCGCGCGCGCUCUCCCGGGCCCAAGUGAAUAGUCCUCGCGCGAGCGGGACACGGUGGUGGAUGCAAUUCCGCUCGCCUACAGCCGCCAGGAGCUCCCUGGCGCCGCAGGCAGCGUCCUCCUCCGAAGCAGCUGCGCCUGCACUUGGGCAGCCUGGACCUUCUUCCCCUGCCCCCGGGGCCUCGCGCCGGGGUCGCCCCGGGACACCCCCUGUGGGCCGGUUGGAGGAGGAAGAAGAGGAGGAAGAAGACGUGGACUCGUACCCCUACCCUACGCAGAACACCUGGUUGGGCUGCUGCCACUUCUCUUUAAGGGGGAGGAGAAGAGAGCUGUGGAGAGCCAUGGGGGGCAGCGAAGUCCAGGAAUUUCUUUUGCAAUUUGGUUUCUUUUUGCCUCUGCUGACAGCUUGGCCGGCCGACUGCAGUCACGUCUCCAACAACCAAGUUGUGUUGCUUGAUACAACAACUGUGCUGGGAGAGCUAGGAUGGAAAACAUAUCCAUUAAAUGGGAUCCUGCAGUCUCAGAUUUCCACUCUCUUCUGAGACCAGCACUGUAUGUCAAGUGGCUCAAGUGUCAGCCAUCUUUGUGGGAUGCCAUCACUGAAAUGGAUGAACACAAUAGGCCCAUUCAUACGUACCAGGUAUGCAAUGUAAUGGAACCAAACCAAAACAAUUGGCUUCGUACAAACUGGAUCUCCCGUGACGCAGCUCAGAAAAUUUAUGUGGAAAUGAAGUUCACACUGAGGGAUUGUAACAGCAUUCCAUGGGUCUUGGGGACUUGCAAAGAAACAUUUAAUCUGUACUAUGUGGAAUCAGAUGAGUCCCAUGGAAUUAAAUUCAAGCCAAGCCAGUAUACAAAGAUUGACACAAUUGCUGCUGACGAAAGUUUUACCCAGAUGGAUUUGGGUGAUCGCAUCCUCAAACUCAACACUGAAAUUCGUGAAGUGGGGCCUAUAGAAAGAAAAGGAUUUUAUCUGGCUUUUCAAGACAUUGGGGCAUGCAUUGCCCUAGUUUCGGUACGUGUUUUCUACAAAAAGUGCCCUUUUACUGUUCGUAACCUGGCCGUGUUUCCAGACACAAUCCCAAGAGUUGAUUCAUCCUCCUUGGUUGAAGUAAGGGGCUCUUGUGUGAAGAGUGCAGAAGAGCGGGACACUCCUAAACUGUAUUGUGGAGCUGAUGGGGAUUGGCUAGUUCCUCUUGGAAGAUGUAUCUGCAGUACAGGAUAUGAAGAAAUUGAAGGCUCUUGCCACGCUUGCAGACCAGGAUUCUAUAAAGCAUUUGCUGGCAACACAAAAUGUUCUAAAUGUCCUCCACACAGUUUAACCUACAUGGAAGCAACUUCUGUCUGUCAGUGUGAAAAGGGUUACUUUCGAGCUGAAAAAGACCCGCCUUCCAUGGCAUGUACCAGGCCACCUUCAGCUCCUAGGAAUGUGGUUUUUAACAUCAAUGAAACAGCUCUUAUUUUGGAAUGGAGCCCGCCAAGUGACACAGGAGGGAGAAAAGAUCUCACAUACAGUGUAAUCUGUAAGAAAUGUGGCUUAGACACCAACCAGUGUGAGGACUGUGGUGGAGGACUCCGCUUCAUCCCAAGACAUACUGGCCUAAUCAACAAUUCCGUGAUAGUACUUGACUUUGUGUCUCACGUGAAUUACACCUUUGAAAUAGAAGCCAUGAAUGGAGUUUCUGAGUUGAGUUUUUCUCCAAAGCCAUUCACAGCUAUUACAGUGACCACGGAUCAAGAUGCACCUUCCCUGAUAGGCAUGGUAAGGAAGGACUGGGCAUCCCAAAAUAGCAUUGCCCUAUCAUGGCAAGCACCUGCUUUUUCCAAUGGAGCCAUACUGGACUACGAGAUCAAGUACUAUGAAAAAGUCUACCCACGGAUAGCGCCGGCAUUUUGGCACUACCUGCGGGUAGAAGAGCAUGAGCAGCUCACCUAUUCCUCCACAAGGUCCAAGGCCCCCAGUGUCAUCAUCACAGGUCUCAAGCCAGCCACCAAGUACAUUUUUCAUAUCCGAGUGAGGACCGCAACAGGAUACAGUGGCUAUAGUCAGAAGUUUGAAUUUGAAACAGGAGAUGAAACUUCUGACAUGGCGGCAGAACAGGGGCAGAUCCUCGUGAUAGCCACAGCAGCCGUGGGAGGUUUCACUCUCCUUGUCAUUCUUACCUUGUUCUUCUUAAUCACUGGGAGGUGUCAAUGGUACAUAAAGGCCAAAAUGAAAUCAGAAGAGAAGAGAAGAAAGGACUUACAGAAUGGGCAUUUGCGCUUCCCAGGGAUUAAAACUUACAUAGAUCCAGAUACUUAUGAAGACCCAUCCCUAGCAGUCCAUGAAUUUGCAAAAGAGAUAGAUCCCUCCAGAAUACGCAUCGAGAGAGUCAUUGGGGCAGGUGAAUUUGGAGAAGUCUGUAGUGGGCGUUUGAAAACACCAGGGAAAAGAGAGAUCCCAGUUGCCAUAAAAACUUUAAAAGGUGGCCACAUGGAUCGGCAAAGAAGAGAUUUUCUAAGAGAGGCUAGUAUCAUGGGUCAGUUUGACCACCCAAAUAUCAUUCGCUUAGAAGGUGUUGUCACAAAAAGAUCCUUCCCGGCCAUUGGGGUGGAAACGUUUUGCCCCAGCUUCCUGAGGGCAGGGUUUUUAAAUAGCAUCCAGGCCCAGCAUCCAGUGCCAGGGGGAGGAUCUUUGCCCCCCAGGAUUCCUGCUGGCAGACCAGUAAUGAUAGUGGUGGAGUAUAUGGAGAAUGGAUCCCUAGACUCCUUUUUGCGGAAACAUGAUGGCCACUUCACAGUCAUUCAGUUGGUUGGUAUGCUCCGAGGCAUUGCAUCAGGAAUGAAGUAUCUUUCUGAUAUGGGUUAUGUUCACCGAGAUCUAGCAGCUAGGAAUAUAUUGGUCAACAGCAAUUUAGUAUGCAAAGUUUCUGAUUUUGGUCUCUCCCGAGUGCUGGAAGAUGAUCCAGAAGCAGCUUAUACAACAACUGGUGGGAAAAUACCCAUAAGAUGGACAGCCCCAGAAGCUAUUGCCUACAGAAAAUUCUCUUCAGCAAGUGAUGCAUGGAGCUAUGGCAUUGUCAUGUGGGAGGUCAUGUCCUAUGGAGAGAGACCUUAUUGGGAAAUGUCUAAUCAAGAUGUCAUUCUGUCCAUUGAAGAAGGUUACAGACUUCCGGCUCCCAUGGGCUGUCCGGCAUCUCUACACCAGUUGAUGCUCCAUUGCUGGCAGAAGGAGAGAAAUCACAGACCAAAAUUUACUGACAUUGUCAGCUUUCUUGACAAACUGAUCCGCAAUCCCAGUGCCCUUCAUACCCUAGUAGAGGACAUCCUUGUGGUGAAUGGAAUCCAUAGCCAGUGUCCGCCAACAGAGCUCUCUGACUGUUCUAUGGCUGUAGAAGCAGGCAGAAUGCCAGAGUCCCCUGGAGAAGUUCCUGAAUAUCCUUUGUUUGUGACAGUCGGUGACUGGCUGGAUUCUAUAAAGAUGGGGCAGUAUAAGAAUAACUUUAUGGCAGCAGGGUUUACAACUUUUGACCUGAUUUCAAGAAUGAGCAUCGAUGAUAUUAGAAGAAUUGGAGUCAUACUCAUUGGACAUCAGAGACGAAUAGUCAGCAGUAUACAGACUUUACGUUUACACAUGAUGCACGUACAGGAGAAAGGAUUUCAUGUAUGAAAGUACCACAAGCACCUGUGUUUUGUGCCUCAGCAUUUCUAAAAUGAAAGCUAUCCUCUCUACUACCCUCUUUUCUGAUUCUCCAAACAUCACUUCACAAACUGCAGUCUCCUGUUCAGACUACGGGCACUCACCUUUCAUUUAUGUGUUCAACCUGGAUUUUAAAAUCACUCUUCAUAGCUCUUCUCUGAAUAACCUGAAAAUAAAACCAUGGACCACUGCAGAUUAUCACUACACAAUGGUAAAUAACUCAGCAUGGAUGUGUAACCUUGUAUAACACUGUUUGGGAAGUGUUCAAGGACUUAACACAAAGGAAUUUGCCCAUGUGUGGGCUUCCUUAAUGAUGUAUUUAGAGUUUGAUGGUAGAUGAAAUAGUUGACCUCUUUUCAUGUUUUGUGAUCAAGUAGUCUCCAAAUUGACAUGGAUUUUUUUUUUAGAUAAUUGUACUUGACUCUGUGGGUCAUAUUAUUUUAUUCUAUAAUAUUUUAACUGUUAAGAAUUAUUUGCAGAAUAGACCAAUGAUUUUCAUGUAGUGAAUUCUUGUCAGGUAUGACUAUGCUGAGAAGCAAGUUAUCAGAGAGGGAGAGGAAGAAACAUACUGUACUUUUAAAACUUCUAAGUCUUGCCUGUCUUUUCUUUUUAAUUAACUUUAUAAUGUCCUAUAUAUUUCAUAGUAGGUAGUAGUUUAGAGGCUUUCUCCUCUAAUUUUUUACUAACUAUAAUAUAUUUCUCUGCUACCCUAUGAAGAUCACUCACAGAAAGACAAAGAGUGAGUCCAUUAUUCCACAGCCUUUCAUAGAGGGAAGCAUGGAAUAAAUCUAUGACUGUUCCCCUGGUUCCUCAUCACAAGUUUGCAAGAGUAAUUAUCGAAGUAUUGAGAAAAUUAGUUAUUUUCAGUAGAAUUGCUUUGAAUAAAAGAUCUAAGAUUAUAGCCUUAGAGUGAAUGCAAAAGAAGUAGUUGAUUUAAUUUAAACAGAAUUUUAUGAGAGCUAUAUGGUGGCCCAAGAAAACAAACGCAUCUGACUGUCUGAUAUUGGUACAUUUUGCAAGUUAAAGAAUUAUGUUUUAUUCAUAAAGAUGAGUUACAUGAACAUGCUGAGCUGUUUUCCAGACCUUCCAAGAGACAUGUAUGCAAUUGCAUACACUAAACAGGGUAGAAACAGAUCUAGCACAUGAGCAUAUAUGAAUUGUGUGUCAACCUGGGUCCUUGAUAGAGUAACAAAAAUGGAAACACAGCUAAGGUGUGUUGUUGCCAUUAUCUUCUUGAGGCUUCAAAAGCAGGCACAUACACUUUUUACUGAAUUAAGCUGAGUCCGUUUAUCAAGAUAGUACUGUCUUGUAAACAAAUUCAGUUAUAAAGUCAGAUGUUCUCUGUGAAACUAAAAUGAAUGACUGCUGUGCUAGGUGGAAGAGUAGCAAGAAUUAAGAGGGGAAAAAAGCAGGUUAUAUGAUGCUGAUUAAUUAAAAUUAGUUUUCAUUUGAUCUCAGAAAUAAAGGUCCCCUACCCACAUUCUCAGAUUCCUACCUAAAUUGCCUUUUUUGGUGAUAGUAGCUUUCUUACUAUAAAAUGAGUCUCAUCUUUCCUUUAUUCUUUAAGAUUUGUUGAUCAUCCCACUAGACUAGACCCUUCCACGUACUUUGUUUUGCUGAUUUAUCUCCUGAUUUUUGCCUACCACAGCCAAAUUUUUCUCAUUUCAAAUAAAAAUAGAGAGAGAGAGCUAAAAGGAAAAGUCUUUAAAUUAUUCCUUAAAGUACACUACAAAAGAAAAAAAGUGGAAAAUCCAUCACUUUUUAAGUAAGUGUGUCAGAAAUAGCUAGCAACAUUUUACAGCCAUCACCUGCAUGGUCAUGCAUCACUCACAGAAAGUCUGCAGUUUGCUUGAUUCAUUUACACAAAUCUGGAUACAUUUAGAAGAAGUGUAAAAUUUCCAUAUUUACCUGUCUUCAAAUAUAUAUUAAAUAAGAACAGAUGUAAAACAGAAUAAAUUUAUUAAUCAUAUAUAUUUAUUUUUAUAAUGCAACAAAAAACAUAUUUAGAAAAAUAAGGAAUAGAAUAAUUAUGGUCUUCCAUAGUACUCUGUCAGCAACAUCUGUAUACUUUGAUGAAAUAGAUUCUAUUAAGUAUUUAAACUUCUAUGGGAUGGGCAUAUUCAGUGCUUACAAGUUUAAAAAUUCUCGUUAAGAAUUUGUUUAAAAAUUCCUAUUCUAUAUCUAGCUAAUCUAUACUUUUUUUUCCUCCCAAACAUCCUUCUCUAGUAUUAUAAAAUUGCCUUUUCACUUAGUCUCUUUAAAAUUUAUGUUUACAUUAUAUUAUAUUUGUAUUUUUUGGAACUGUAAGCAUGAUAACCUUUAGUGUAAAUGUGAACCUCAUCAUGGUCAGAGCAAGGUGUGCAAGAUUAAACAGAAACACUAAAAAAGUAAGGAUAUCUAUUUCUUUACUACCUACCAGUAACAGACUUUAAAAUCUUACAUGAACUAUUUUGAGACUUAUUAGUGCACAUAUUCAGUAAGUAAAACUGCUCGAUAUGCAUACACAUAGAACUUAAUUAUAGAAAGGAAAUGAGUAACUUCCAUAAAUCACAAGCCUUCAGACACAAUCUUUGGUAACUAAGAUAUGCAUAUACAUUCAUCUACCUCCUUUAUUUUAAAUUUCCUAGUCUGUACUACCAAUAAGCUUUUAGAUUUUGAAAAUCAAACUGUUGAAGGAACCAUUUUUAUUUUAUUUUCUGGGUGGUCAGUUUCCAGUCUGUAGUCAACUCAUUACCUCAAGUAUAUGGCAUAAAUGGGAAAAAAAAUGUAAAAACAAUGAACAAUCAAGAAGAGAGAUUAGGUAUGUAAAUCAUUACACUAAAAACACCAUCAGAAGUUGUAAAGCUCUUGGCCUAUCAAGAAUCGAGAAUUAAAGUGCUUUUGCACUGAAUUAUAACUGUUGACAAAUAAUUUAUACAUGCCAUAAUCAAAAAAGAUUUAUCUUAUUUCACUCUAUAUUACCCUUUAAAAUCUAUCCAACUAACACCUGAAUGAAAAAGUUUUCCAGCUUCAGCUAUAAUGCCUAUCUCAUUCCGUGAAUGGAAAACAAAUCCAAAUUCAGCCCUUGAAAAGCAGUCUUUACAAAUCUUCUGAAGUGUUGGUGACAUAUGAAUUACAUUACAUAUCUCCUAACCAUAAUUACUUUAGAAACUCAUUUUUCUAUCUUCCCGUACCAAAUUUCUACCCUGUAAAGCAGUCAGUUAAAUCUCUUAUCUUAAAAUUUUCACCAGUACAAAGUCUCUUUUUCCUUUAUUAGAUUGUCUAAAACAAUCCCAGCCCACUCUGUUCUUUUCUCUUUAUUCCUCCAGCACUAUAGUUGAUUUACAAUGUUGUGUUAGUUUCAGGUAUAUAGCAACAUGAAUGAACAAAUGAACAAUAUAUAUAUGUGUAUAUAUAUAU